AUGCGCAGGAAUGACGCCUCUAUCGAUCGAAUCGCGCUCGUCUUGCGCGGGUGUGGGCAGUCGCGAGAUCUCUCCGCGGCCAGGCGAGCGCACUCUCGGAUCCGCGAGUUGGAUCUCGGACCGGACAGGUAUCUCGCCAAUCUGCUGGUGGAGAUGUAUGGGCGGUGUGGUUCCGUGCACGAGGCGCAGUGGGUCUUCGAUGCGAUCCCUCGUCCUAAUCUCUUCUCGUGGACGCUCAUCCUCUCGGCGUAUGCCCAGAACGGGUAUCUCGCCCGGGCAGCGGCGAUCUUCCGCGAGAUGCCGCACAGGGACGUGGUGCUAUGGAAUUCGAUGAUGAAUUUCCACGCGCAGGCCGGGGACGCGGUUGAGGCGAGAGCCAUCCUCGAUCGAAUGCCGGCGAUGGAGACGAUCUCUUGGAAUGCGGUGAUCCAGGCGUAUGCCCAAGAAGGGCGUGUGGAGGAAGCAGCGAAAGCUUUCAUAGAGGUCCCGGAGCGCGAUGUGGUGUCGUGCACGACGAUGAUCGGGCUCUACUCCCAAUCAGCGCAGCUCCAAGAGGCGGAGAGGGUCUUCGAUCGAAUGCCGGAACGAGACAUUGUGUCGUGGAACGCCAUGAUCAAGGGAUACGCCGACAGCAAUCGUCCAGACCAGUUCCAGGAACUCUUCAAGAAUCUCCCUGAAAAGAAUGUGGUUUCGUGGACGAGCAUGGUGGCUGCGCUUGCGCAAUUUGGCAAGAUCUCUGGUGCCAGAAAGAUCUUUGACGUGAUGCCGCUGGCGAGCGCAGUAACCUGGAACACGAUGCUUCAGGCAUAUGCCCAAUCUGGGCAUUUGGACGAUGCGAGAAGCCUCUUUAAUUCUAUGCCUGAGAAAGAUCCUAUAUCGUGGACAGUGCUACUCAUAUUGAACGCGCAGAAUGGCCAUCUUGACUACGCAAAGAUUUUGUUUGAAGCAAUGCCCAAACACAGCCUUGUUUGCUACAAUGCCAUGAUCCAAGCAAAUGCCCAGUGGGGUCAUCUGGUUGCUGCAGUAAAGCUGUUCUUGGGCGUUGUAGAACGAGACGUGGUAUCGUUUAACGUGGUGUUGGCAGCUCUCGCACACUUUUCAAAAACUGGAAAAGCCCGCUCUGUUUUCGAGAGGAUGCCACAGUGGGACUUGGCGUCGUGGAACACCAUGGUUUUUGCGUAUGCCCAAGGAGGGUAUGUUGCUGCCGCGAGAAAAGUGUUUGAUGAGAUGAGAAGCUUCCGCGACGUCGUGAGCUGGAACACGCUCGUCUCGGCCUACGCGUCUGUCGGGCGGAUGGACAAGGUGGAGGAGAUGUUUGAGAAAAUCCCGCAGCGCAGCGUGAUCACUUGCAACUCGAUGAUCGCCGCCUACGCGCAGAGGUGCUGGCGAUCGGGCAAGGAAGCGAGAGAUCUCUUCCACGCAAUGCAAGAGAGGAACCUGGUGACUUGGAACGCGUUGGUCCAGGCUUACGGCAUCAACAGACAGCCCCGGGAGGCCAAGGCUGUGUUUGACAAGAUGGCGAGGCACAGUCUCGUUUCUUGCAAUGCCAUGCUCUCGGCCUAUGCUUGUGCUGCUCUCAUGGUCGACGCAGCCAUGGUGUUCGAUCUCAUGCCUUACAAAGACACGGUUUCAUGGAACACCUUGAUCGCUGGUUAUGCUCAGAGCGGACACAUGAGCUCUGCGUGGCACUUCUUUUCGAAUCUCGAGUUCGCCGACUCCAUUUCCUGGAAUGCAAUGAUCGCUGGCUAUGCCCAAAACGGGUAUAACAAAGAAGCAAUCGAGCUAGCCAGGUUGAUGGACCUCGAUGGCCGCGUGGUAGCCGACGAAGUCACACUGCUCAGCGUGCUGACGGCUUGCUGCCACAGCGGAGUGAUAAAACGCGCUUGGGAGUGUUUCCUGUCCAUGCAAUCCGAUCGUGGACUGCGUCCACUUCUCGAGCACUACUCGUGCAUGGUGGGAAUCUUGGGAAAGAAUGGACAGCUUGGUCUGGCGAGGGAGCUUAUAGAGACGAUGCCAUUCGUCCCGGAUUCCGUGAUGUGGACGACACUCCUGGCAUCUUGUAAACUUCAUGGUGACGAGGAGAUUGCGAGCAGGUCCGCCGAGGAGUCAUCCGAGCUCAGCCAGGCCAACUCGGCUCCUUACAUGCUUAUCUCCAACAUGUACUCGAUCGCUUGA